GACAUACGGUUAGUUCUAUGGAAGUUCGAGUUAGUUGUGGACUUAUUUACCGUUUAGUAUUCACUUAUGUGUGAAAACUGUGCAUAGUGAAAAAUACAGCAAUGACUUCUGUGAAAGUUGCAGUGAGGGUUCGUCCCAUAAACCAACGAGAGUUGGAUUUGGAGAGCAAGAUUAUUGUUAGCAUGAGUGAUGAAAAAACUACCAUUAAAAAUAUUAGGAAUCCAUUUAUAAAGACGACGGUAUUGGGUAUUGAUGGUGAUCUAGCAAGAGAACAACAAAGAAAAAAAGAAUUCACAUUCGACAAAUCAUUCUGGUCUGCCAUUCCAACUGAUAAACACUUUGCUACACAAGAAGAGGUAUUUUCAGCAUUAGGUAAAGAUGUUGUAUCAGCAGCUUAUGAAGGUUAUAAUGUAUGUGUAUUUGCAUACGGUCAAACAGGAUCAGGCAAAAGUUAUACUAUGAUGGGAAGUGAGGAGAAUCCAGGCUUUAUACCGCGAUUUUGUAAGGAAUUAUUUUCCAGAAUGACAGAUGAUAAUACAAGUUAUAAAACUGAAGUCAGUUAUUUAGAAAUUUAUAAUGAAAAAGUUCGAGAUUUAUUAAAGAUACCUAGCCAUAGUAAUCAGAUUGUUCAUAGUUUACGAGUCAGAGAACAUCCUAAAGAAGGUCCAUAUGUACAAGAUUUAUCAAAGCAUACUGUUAUGCGACAUGAAGAUAUUCAACAUAUGAUAGAAAAGGGAAACAAUAAUAGAACAACAGCAUCUACAUUGAUGAAUGAUGUUAGUAGCAGAUCACAUGCUAUAUAUACUAUAUUAUUUACACAGGCAGGAUAUAUAAAUGAUAUGCCAAGUGAAAAACACAGUAAAGUACAUCUAGUAGAUUUAGCAGGAAGCGAAAGAGCAGAUGCAACUGGUGCUAUUGGUAUAAGAUUAAAAGAAAGUGGAAAUAUAAAUAAAUCUCUGGUAACAUUAGGAAAUGUUAUUUCUACUUUAGCUGAAAAUUGUGAAUCAGAUGGUAAAAAAAGACAAAUAUUUAUACCAUACAGAGAUUCUGUAUUAACAUGGCUACUUAAAGAUAGUUUAGGUGGUAAUGCUAAAACUAUCAUGAUUGCAACCAUAUCACCAGCAGAUGUAAAUUAUGCAGAAACAUUAAGUACAUUAAGAUAUGCUAACAGAGCCAAAAAUAUUAUAAACCGACCUACAGUCAAUGAGGAUCCUAAUGUAAGAUUAAUUAGAGAAUUAAGAGAAGAAAUAGCUAGAUUAAAGGCUUUACUUGGUAGUGAUCAGGAUAUUAUUUCUUCCCCAAAAGUUCAAGAAAAAUUACAUGAAAAUGAAGCCAGAAUAAAAGUUUUAACAGAAGAAUGGGCAGGUAAAUGGAAAGAAACGGCUAAUAUAUUACAGGAACAAUCUAAUUUGGGAUUACGUAAGGAGGGCGUUGGUAUUGUAUUAGAUUCUACUUUACCUCAUCUUGUUGGUAUUAAUGAUGAUAGACUUAGUACUGGUGUUAUGUUAUAUCAUUUAAAGGAAGGUAUAACUACAUUAGGUAUUUCUGAUGAACAAGAAACUCCAGAUAUAACAUUAGGUGGACCUGAUAUAUUAACUGAUCAUUGUAUGAUAGAAUAUGAUAGUGGUGUAGUAACAUUACAUCCAUCACAACAAGCUCUGUGUCAAGUUAAUGGAACAAAUAUUACAGAACCUACUAGACUACAACAAGGAGCUGUUAUACUGUUAGGUCAUACUAAUAUGUUUAGAUUUAAUAAUCCAGCUGAAGCAGCAAAACUUCGAGAACUUAGCAAGUCUAAUUCCAACUUAAAUACGUCACUGCUGUCCCAUUCCAGAACAUCAUUAUUGACCCGAUCUUUAACAGAUUUAUAUAAAUCAGCUGAUAAUCUCUAUAGAUCAGUUGAUAAUGUAUCUUUUAUGACUUUAGGGGACAUUGAAACAUCUCAUAAAGAAGAUAUCAAGAAAUUAGAAGUAAAAAGACAAGAUAUUUUACAGUUAGAACAAGCAUAUCAAGAAGCUGAGGAAGAAAGGAAAUCACGAAUGGCAGCAAUGGAAGAAGAAAUAUUAAGUAAACAGAAAUGUCUAGCAAUAUUAACAGACGAAAUUGACAAUUUACGUUUACAAAUAAAAGAGAGUCCACUAGGUGAAUAUGGUCCUAAAACUUUACAAGAUACUCUCAUAUUCCUAGAAAACCAGGAACAGACUAAGUUAGAUAUGAAGAAUAGAAUGAAAGAGAAACUAAAACAGGAAAUAGAAGAUCUAGAGAAAGAAUAUGAUGAAGAAAAGAUCAACUGUGAGAAUGGUUUAAAAGAAUUUGAUGAGAAAGAGAUGGAGAAACAGUUAGAAAUAAAUGAAUUAGAAGAAAAUUUAAACUCAUCUUUAGAAGCUCAUACAAUGUUUAAAAAUCAGGAACUUGAUAGAAUACGCACAGAAAAGAAGAAUCUAGAUAGUUUAAAGCGAACGUUAGAAAAAGAAACUGAACAAUUUUUAUCAGAAAAUCCAGGUUACAAAGAGAAGUUGGGGCAAAUGGAUAAAAAAGAACAAGAAAUGAAAGAAAUACAUUCCCAGAAAGAUAGAGAAAACAAUAUGAAAUGGAAAGAAUGGUUGGAGGAAAUUAAUGUUGAUAAUCAGCAAUUGGAAGAGGCAUGGAAAGACCUUGAGGAACACGAACAAAGGGUGUACAAAAAAUUAACAUCACCUGACACCAGCGAAAGUGAGAAAAAAUUGCUGAAGUUAGAAAGAAAGGAAUUGGAAGAAGCGAGAGAUCUUCUUAAAGUAGAAGAAGAUAAAAUUGCAUUGAGGGAAAAAGAUAUGUUGGACCAGAUGGAAAAACAGAUGGAUUCCUGGGAAAGACAAAAACGUUCCGAUUUAGACAGUAUUUACCAAGAACGGGACAAUCUUAAACAAACUCGAUCACCGGAUAUAUUAACACUAGAAAGUGAAAUAAAAGUUAAGACAAAAAUGUUGCAGAAAAGUGAAUCCAAAUUAUUAGAAUCAAAUCAGGAAAUGUUAAAGGCGGAGAAACAAAGUGCUGAGAGAGUGAACAAUGUGCAAGAUGAACUCUCUACUAUUAGAAGUAAUAAAGAAAGAGUAACUAGAACUCUUUCUAGAAAAGAAGAAGACAUGUCUCGAUCUGUGUCUGCCAUUAAUUCUAAAUUGGAAAGAAUAGAAGAAGAAACUGAGUUGGAAUUGAGUAAGUUACGAGAAGAGAAACAAAGGUUAUUAAAGAUUAAAGCUGAAACAAUGGGUAAUAAUAAUAUAGAUGAUAAUAAAAGUACUGGUACAGGUAGUUUACAUGUAGAACUAAAAGAAGAACAAAUUAAACUACAACAGCAAUUAGAGAAUUUAGAAUCAACGAGAGAAUUAUUGGAACAAGCUAAACGUGAUAUAGAUAAUAAACAACGACAGUUUGAUGAAGAAAGAGAUAUGGAGUUGGAUAAAAUAGAAUUUGAAAAACUCAAAUUACAAGACUUGGAGAAACAAGACAGAAUAAAUGGAAUGGUAGAACAAGAAGUAAAGAGAAGAGUUUUUGAAGAGAAAUUAGAAAGAGAUAAACAAAGGAGAUUAGAAAGAGAGAAAGAUAAAUCAGAACGUGAUCAAGAGAUGCAGAGGUUAAAAUUAACACAUGCUCGUGAAAUAAGACGUUUAAAAGCUAAAUUAGCAGCCAAAAAUAAUAAAGUAACUAGUCAGUCUAAUCCUUAUGGUAACCAAGUUAUGACAAAUGUGAACCAGUCAACAAAUGAUCUAUCUCGUAGAAGACAUUCCAGCAGUUCUGGUAGUUUUACAGGACCAGCACCUAAAAUAAAAAUAACAAUACCAAAUUAUGUUCUUCGUAAAGGCAGUAAUUCACAUCAUGAAUAUGAAGUUAAGAUUGUAAUAGGUGAUGAGAAUUGGACAGUUUUUAGAAGAUACAGUCGAUUUCGAGAACUACAUUUCAGCUUACUGAAAAAGUUUCCUGAGAUGAGUUUACUGGUAUUUCCUCCACGAAAAUUAUUCCACAAGUCAGAAAAAGUUGUUAUUGAAAGAAGAAAACAAUUAGAGGAAUAUAUGCAACAUUUAAUGGAAUUAUGCUUACGAAUGGAAGAUUGUCCGCUACAUCCCUCUAAAAAUAAAUACUUAUCUCGUCAUAUUCUGUGUGAGUUUGACUCUUUCUUUAAGAAAGGUUUAUAUGAAGUUUCUAAAUAUUCCACAACGUGAUGUAAAAGUGCCAUGAAUAGAAACCUAGUGGAUAAAGACAAAACCUCAACUGGUGUCUAACGAUAUUUAAUGAUGUGAUACAUGCUUUUUCAUAAGCCCACAUUGAAGUAUGGUUGUAUAUUGUUGUCACUGUCCACAAGUUAUCAGUCAGUUGGCUUAAAAUUAUUACACUGUACUAGUGUUAAUAUUCAUGAAAAGAAGAAGCCCUUUUUGGAUGAUUAAUGUCUAAUUAUGGCCAUUGAUCACUUGUGGACGCUCUAGAGGCUUAGUUUAUCAUAUGCUUAACUUAUACACAGUUUUUGCAUUAGCACUAGGAUGCAUAAGAAGCCUAUGAAAUUUUAAUUACUUCAUGGGUUUUUCCCUUGAUCAGUUUUUAGUGUCUUAGGUUAUCAUUACCUAAUGCAGAAUAAAAAUGGCACAGCCUUUAUUGACUACCCAGGUGACUUAGCUGCUGUGGACAUAUGCUUUGUUGCUUGGCCACUUAUUUCAUUAAAAGCACUGAAGAUCCAAGAUAUAGAAAUUGUGAUUAAAAUCUGUGCCCUGUUUUUUUUUUCGCUCCAAUAUCAAUCUUUCUGACAAUUUCGAUGGAAAGAUUGUAAUUUCGUUAUUUUCUGGAGACAAUAGAAUGCAGAAUAGUACAGAUGUCUUACAGGUAUCAAUAAAAGAUGAAAUUGUAACAAAGUCUUAAUGACCUGCUGUAAUAAGACAGUUCAAGUGUCACAAGUAAAUGAAAGACAAAAUUGUUUUUAACAUUUAAAUAAGAGGUGCUUUCUGGUGUAGUAUUGUAAUACUAAAUUGUUGUGUUUUAAGAUAUUAUAAAAGAAUUAAGGGUUUUUGUUAAAAUGAAGAUUAAGCUUGUUAAAUUGUUAUGUACAGUAAAUAUAUUUUUUAUUAUGGUAAUGAUUUAUUUCUAAACUUUUUUUAGUCAUGAUAUAAUUAACAGAUGUACAUUAUAUCUGAUAUUUUUGUCCUGUAAUUGUAUGUGUCACUAAUUAUGUCAGAAUGUGGUCCCUACUUUAUAAUGAGUUGCUAAAUGUUUUGUGCUUUUUUGUGUUGCUAUAUAUUCAUUAUUUAUUCCAUAUUUAUAGUAUGCCUGAUCUUGCUUAUGUAAAACUCAAUAAAAUUGUUGUAUAUUUUAUAAAACCCUAUGAUCAACUGAAGAUUAUACAACCAUAAUAAACCUAAAAAAUUGAAUAUAAGAUUUUGAUGCAAUAUUGUUUUGUAUAUUGGAUUAUAUUUAAUGAUUGAGAUAUUUGUGUAUAAUAAAUCUUAUAUUUAUCUGUACAUAUAAAUGUUUUUGUAAGAUAAAAAAAAGUUCAAUGGAUAACUUUUGGACAAUUUUAAGAUAUUUUUAUAAAGCUUUUAGAGUUAAAGUCUGAUCUCAUAAGUCCCUAAAACACAUAAAGUUAAUUUCAUCCACCUGGUAUAUCAUUCCUUAAUUUACAUAUAGUUUUGCUUUUGUAAUAUGGUUAUUCAACUUUUGGCAUAGAAUAUCAUAUUCAUUUUUGGCCUGAAAUUAUUGUGCUGACUCUGGUUGUUGAGAGGAUUUAAUUCUAGAACAUUAAAUCAAGUUCCCCCUCUGUUUAAAACAAGUAGAAGCGUUAUAUGAACCAGGAACCAAGUAUGACUUCAUCCUAGCCAUCUUCAAAUUCUGACGUCAUAUCGGAAAAUCAAGAGUUCGUCAAGCGAUGUUGAGUUGUCAAAGAAACAAGCAUGUCAAGUUUCAUGUCAACACAAUUGAAUUGCUAGAACAUGUGCAGUGUUUGAGCCCAGUUCCUGUUCCAAAAGAUACUUGGACUCGUGAAAAGUAUAUUUGUAUAUUUGUUGCUUCUCAUUUUUUUUUAUGGUGAGAGAGUUAAAAUUUCAUUUUUAAUAUUUCUUGUAGGGGUACUGGUAAAUGUAUUUAUAUUUCUACUAGAGUGCAAUAUUUUUCGACGCAUAUUUUUUAAAAAAAAUGUUUUCUUUUUUUGCUUAUAUCAUUAGAAUCUAUGCAAUGUAUGCAGGCGCCAUAUUAAGUUGAAUUAGCAUAUAAUCAUCAAUUUUUAUGACCGAUUGAAAAAUAACAUUAUUACUGAAAUGUAGAACACAGAUCUUAUUGUAUUUCCUUUAUUUAGUUCAGAUUUCUUUUAUAACUUCUCUAUGAUAGAAACAAACUGUCUUUUGAUUAAAACCUCAAUUUUCAGUUCCUUAUUUUUGGACUAAUCCUUGUCAUAGAUUUUCAAUUUUCACAAUGUUGUAGUUUGCAAGGAUUCAAAGGACAUUAUCAAGCAAUGAAAUGGCCAGUGCAAAGAACUUUACUUAAUUUUUGUUGGGGGUACUGUAUAAGUGAUCGCAGUGAAGACAAUGUAACUUACAGCCCUUUUCUUUUGGUUACAUAGAUAGUAGUUGAUGUUACAGCUAACUGAUAAUCCACCUGAAGAUAGCCCUCCAUCAGAUCAACAGAUAAAACAAUAGAACGAAAUGCAGAUCUGUGUUUGACAUAAUAAAAAUCGACUUCACAUGGUUUGUUUAGGUAUUGGAAGGUUUAAAAAUUUGAGGAAUAUGAGAACUAGACUGAAAUGUCUCCUACAUUUUUGUGUUAGACAUGUUUGAAUUAUCUGUGUGUAGCUGUAUAAGUUUAGAUUAGGUUUUAAUAAGCUGUUGUUUUUUAACAAGAUUGCAUAGGUUGUUAAUUGUGUAUAAAAUGAUGUAUCAUGACUGCAAGCUGAGUUAUUGUGCCUUAUGAUGUUUAAUAGAGAGGGUUUCACUAUGCAGAUAAUAUAUUAUUGUUUAGUAUAUUAUGCUUGAUAUCUUUUUUUUUUUUUUACAUUUGUUAAUUUUCAAGAGUUCAUUGGCUUGAAUAUUUUAUUGAAAUUAUUUUAUUACCCCGGUAUGAUAAAACCAUUCUCUAUAGUCCAAAUAUUAGUUGAUUUUGAUGAAAUACAACACUUCAUCUUUUCAAAUGAAAUGGGGUCUCACACCCUGUUUUUCUGCACCAACCGACCCCGGACUAAGGAUAACGGCUUCAUCUCGACAAAACACCUUUAAAUGCAAUAAAAUAUUCUACUGCCAUUUGGUGUUAAAAAAAACACUCACAGUGGUCUUUAUAUACAUAAAAAAAAUAAUAGAGUAGAUUAUAUUAAUUUCAAAAAGCUUAAUUGCUCUGUUUUAGUAUAAACUGGUGAAUAUUUUCAAUGGUAAUUGUUUACUACUUUACUAGUAAUAUGGUCUUUUGACAGGUUAUUCUUCGAAAACCUUAGACUUAAGCAACAUCCAUCCAGGAAAACAUCCUUUUUUCUGCAUAUUUUUUGAUAACCAUUUACCAGAUAUUGAUAUCUAAAUUAUGAUAUAUAAGGGUUAUUUCAAAUUCUAUCAAAGUAAUAAUUUAUAUACCUUGUAGUCAGUCUACUGUUGACGUCUUAAAAGUGGUACAUUUUUGUUCCAUUGCAAUAGAAAAAAUAUUUUGAAAUAGUGAGAUUUUAAUACCAUUGUUGCCAAAAAAUAAUGUUGGACUACAAACUUGUUAUCUUGAAGUAUGUAAACUUUUGUUUUUGAUAAAAUAAAAAUAUUCACAUA